GCUUAUACUGUUUAUAAUGAGAUUUAUCAAACAUAAUUCAGCUCACUAAAGUGAUAAUUUAUCAGUCGGCUAAUAGAAAUUCACAAAAAUGGAUAGCGAACUUAUCCGUAAUGGGCGUCUGACAUUUUUGAUCGAUUCGACAUGGCGUGAAGAUGUUUCUAAUCUACCACAAGAAGAUAUAUUUGUUCCAAACAUUCAUCUACCUGAUCCUGAACCUGAUAAUGGUACUUCGAAUGAAACAUUAAAAGAAUUAGAUCUUAAAUGGACCGAUUUGGCUCUCAAUCGACGAUCAUUCGAAUCGAAUACCAGAAAGGAACGUGAACAUAACAAUUUAUCUCGACUAAAUCGCCAUCGUCAUCAUGAUGAUGACAACGAAAGCAAAUUCAGCAGACAAAAAAACAACGGCCAAACCGAAGAAAGUGAAAAACCUGAAGAAAAAAUCCCUGAAAUUCGACCAAAUUUUGAAUUGACAGGUGCAUUAGCUCGCGACACAAAUACUUUUAACGGUAUUGUCAUCAAAUAUAAUCAACCGCCAGAAGCUAAAAAACCAACAAAACAUUGGCGUCUUUAUCCAUUUAAAGGUUCUGAAGCAUUGGAUCAUAUUAAUAUACAUAAUCAAAGUGCCUAUCUAUUUGGCCGCGAACGACGUAUAGCCGACAUUCCAAUUGACCAUCCAUCUUGUUCGAAACAACAUGCUGUUAUACAAUUUCGUUCUAUACCUAUCGAACGAUCGGAUGGUACCACGGGAAAAGUAACUCGACCCUAUAUAAUCGAUCUUGAUUCAGCCAAUGGAACAUUUGUUAAUUAUAAAAAGCUUGAACCAAGUCGUUAUGUGGAAUUAUUCGAAAAAGAUGUGAUUAAAUUCGGAUUUAGUAGUCGAGAAUAUGUCCUAUUACAUUCACAAUCACAAGCAGAUGAUGAUCAUGAUGAUGAUCAUGAUGACAAUAAUUGAUUUAAAAAUAUAAUUCG